AUGAAUUUUUUUUUUGAAUAGAGUUUUGGCAAAUAGGAUCCUUUUUAAAAGACUGCUCAAUUCUUCAAUCCUGAAGUAGUUAAAAGUAAGUAAUAAAUGCUGAAAAGAAGAAGAGAAAAUUCUUUACCUCAACAAAAUCUUGCAGCAAUUAAAACAAUAUUAUAAAAAACAAAGCUUCUUUAAAAGAAUCCUGUAUCAAGAAAAACAACAUUACAUUCAAUCAAAGAUUCUAAUAAAGAAAAUUUAUGUAAUUAACAAAGCACUAAAUAAAGUACAAAGUAAAGUACUUAAUAAAGUACUCAAGAUGUAACAGAAAUUAGUAAUACAAUUUUUAAUUUUCUUGAUUAGAAUAUAAAAUAAUCGAGUAAUUAAUUUAUUCCUUUGCAAUAUGAAUCAUGUAAACCUAUUAAAAAAUAAAGUCUUCUUUAAUAUAAUAGUUAAAAUGCUAAUCAAUUAGAAAACAAUUCUUAAAUAUAGAAAAUAUCUAAUAGCCAAGAAAAAAAGAGAACAAUAAAAGUUAAAGAUCCUUAUGGAAUAUUUACUUAACAAACAACAACUUCAGUUCCUAGAAAACAUUCAUCAAAAUCUUUUGUUAAUUAAAAAGCAUAAAUUAAAUUAGUUGAUAGAAUAUUUUCAUCUAGAUCAGAUAGUUUGUAGGAAUGA